UGGGCCCCUCUAGCUGCUCCCUGGGCCGUCCCGACCCAGCCAACUACCCACCUCGAACAACCCCGGUGCGGUGGCGCCUGGCCCCGGAGAGCAGUCCCACCAGGAUGAGUAACCAGAACAUCAGUGAAAAUUUUGGAGAUGAACACGAGAACGAGUCAGAUUUCACUUGGGAGGUGAAGGCCAAUGACCGAACUUACCACAGACAAUUCAAGACGGAGUUGUUUUUGUGUUGGAAGAGGAACAAGUAUUCGGACAAUGCAAUCAAGACAGCCAAGUACAACAUCCUGACUUUCCUGCCCCUGAAUCUCUACGAACAAUUUCAUCGGACAGCCAACCUCUACUUCCUUUUUGUUAUCCUUCUACAGACCAUCCCAGAGAUCGCCACACUGCCCUGGUUUGCUCUGCUGUUGCCCCUAGGCUCUCUCCUCAUCAUCCGAGGGGCCCGAGACCUGGUAGACGACAUAGCCCGACAUAGGAGUGACUGGUCGAUCAAUAGCAGACCCUGCGAAAUUUUGCUGGAAAAAAGCUUCUAUAAGAAGAAAUGGCGGGAUAUCCAAGUGGGUGAUGUGGUCUGUUUGCACAAAGAUGAUUUUGUCCCGGCUGACCUGCUCCUUUUGACCAGUUCGGAACCUAGCAGCCUGUGCUACGUGGAAACUGCGGACAUUGACGGAGAAACCAACCUGAAGUUCCGCCAGGCACCGAUCAUCACCCAUGAUGAGCUGGUCAACGUGGAGACGAUGGCAGCCUUCAAUGGGGUCGUGGUAUGUGAGGAGCCCAACAGCCGCAUGCACACGUUUGUGGGGACCUUGGAGUGGAAGGGGCAGAGGCAUUCCCUUGACAGUGAGAAUAUCCUCUUGCGUGGCUGCAGAAUCCGCAAUACUGACAUCUGCUAUGGCCUGGUCAUUUAUGCAGGUUUUGAUUCCAAGAUUAUGAAGAACUGUGGGAAGAUCAAACUGAAGAGGACAAAGCUAGACCGGCUGAUGAACAACCUUGUCAUUAUUGUGUUCCUGAUGUUGGUGUUGGUCUCCUUCUGCCUGGCAACGGCCUAUGGUUUCAACGUGGUAGAUUUCCAGACCAAGCACACUUACCUGUCUGUCUUCCAUAGCGCAUCAUCUCCAGCUUCCGAUGCCUUCCUUACCUUUUGGGGCUUCAUGAUCCUGCUCAGCAUCAUUGUGCCAAUGUCACUCUAUAUCACUUUUGAAUUUAUCUACCUGGUGAAUAGCUGCUUCAUCAACUGGGACCUGGAGAUGUAUUAUGAGCCCAAGAACAUGCCAGCCAAGGCCCGGAGUACCAGCCUCAAUGACCAGCUAGGACAGAUUGAGUACAUCUUCUCUGAUAAGACGGGGACCCUGACCCAGAACAUCAUGACCUUCAAGAAAUGCUGCAUCAAUGGACUGACUUAUGCACCUUCCUCCCAGAGAUCAACCAGGCCAGGGCGUGUCUCUUUGAGCUGGAACAAGUAUGCAGAUGGGAAGUUGAUGUUCUGUGACCCCACACUGGUGGUGGCUGUCCAGCAGGAUGAGGACGAGGUGGCCCGGGAGUUCUGGAGGUUGCUGGCCCUGUGCCAUACUGUCAUGGUGGAGGAGAAGGAGGGCCAGCUGAUCUACCAGGCAGCUUCUCCAGAUGAAGAGGCCCUAGUGACAGCCGCUCGGAACUUUGGCUAUGUCUUUCUGUCCCGGUCCCAGGACACCAUCACCACCAGUGAGCUUGGUGUAGAAAAGACCUACCAGGUGCUGGCCAUGAUGGACUUCAAUAGUGUCCGAAAGAGGAUGUCUGUGCUGGUGAGAGACCCUGAAGGCAUAAUCCGACUGUAUACCAAAGGAGCAGACACUGUGAUAUUUGAGCGGCUACGACCAGGAUGUCCUACUGAGAAUGCUACUAUGAAGGCCCUGGAUACCUUUGCAGAAGAGACGCUUCGGACACUCUGCUUAGCCAGCAAAGAAGUAGAGGAGAAAGACUACCAAGAAUGGAGCGAGAGGUACCACAAAGCCACUGUCCUGCUGCAGAACCGGGCCCAAACCCUGGAUGAAGUGUAUGAGGAAAUGGAGAAAGAUCUCAGGCUCUUGGGAGCCACAGCCAUCGAGGACAAGCUUCAGGAUGGUGUGCCUGAUGCCAUCCACCUCCUCAAGAAAGGGAAUAUAAAAGUGUGGGUACUGACCGGAGACAAACAAGAGACUGCUGUGAACAUUGGGUUUGCCUGCCGACUGUUAACGGAUGAUAUGGAAAUCCUGGAAGAGAAAGAAAUCUAUGAGAUGCUUGAGGCCUAUUGGGAAAGCAACAAUAAUGUGAGUGGUGGCCGAGGCUCUGGUCCAAGGCCCCUGAAGCCACAGAGCAAAAUGGCCCUGGUGGUCACUGGAGACUUCCUGGACAAGCUGCUGCUUCGGGGUGAAGAGGAACAGACCAAGGUAAAGAAGAAGCUCAGUUCGAUGGCCCGCCUGGCGAUCCGCUACGGAGUUAGAAAGAGUCAGGAAGACUCAGCGACCCGGCGGGAACGAGCCUUUGUGGAUCUGGCCAGCCAGUGCCAAGCUGUCAUCUGCUGCCGCGUGACCCCCAAGCAGAAGGCCCUGAUCGUCCAGCUGGUCAAGAAAUACCAGCAAGUGAUCACCCUAGCCAUUGGGGAUGGCGCCAAUGAUGUCAACAUGAUCAAGACUGCCGACAUCGGGGUGGGGAUCAGCGGACAGGAGGGCAUGCAGGCAGUCCAGUGCAGUGACUACGCUCUGGCCCAGUUCGCCUACCUGCAGCGGCUGCUUCUGGUGCACGGGCGCUGGUCUUACCUGCGUAUCUCCAAGUUUCUUCGUUACUUUUUCUACAAAACCUUUGCCAGCAUGAUGGUCCAGAUCUGGUUCGCUUUCUACACCGGCUUCACAGCUCAGCCACUGUACGAGGCCUGGUUCCUGGCUCUCUACAAUAUCUUCUAUACAGCCUAUCCUGUGCUCUCCAUGGGCCUUCUAGAGCAGGAUAUGAGUGCCCAGAAGUGCUUGGAAUUCCCUGAGCUCUAUAGCGUUGGGCAGAAGGAUCAACUCUUCAACUACUGGGUCUUCUUUGUGGCCCUGGUCCAUGGCACCGCUGCAUCACUGGUGAAUUUCUAUGUGGCUGUGUGGGCCUUUGAUGACACAGCUGGACCUGGAGGCAUCUGUGAUUAUCAGUCCUUUGCUAUCACUGUGGCCACAUCUGCCCUACUUUCAGUCAUUGCUGAGAUUAUCAUGGACAUCAAGUUCUGGACCAUCCUGUCUAUUUUGGCUGUCUCCUCCAGUGUGGUUCUCUAUAGUAUCCUGUCUUUCUUCACCCAGAACUUGACAGCCUUCCGCGCAGCCCCCACCAUUUUCCGAUUUCCAUAUGCCAGCCAAAAUGCCCUGACAGAACCAUAUAUCCUCUUGGUGGUGCUUCUGACUGUGGUCAUAAACACCAUGCCCUCACUGGCUAUCCGUCUACUACGCCACAUCACUGCUGAGCCUGGGCCAGGGAAAUUUCCUUACCGAGACACUCAAGUGGCAGUCAGCACAGUGGAACUCAAAGCCCACUUCCAGAGGAGCUCAGUUCGCCGCCGCUCUAGCUAUGCCUUCUCCCACAAAGAGGGCUAUGCUGACCUCAUCACUCGGGGAGCCAGCAUUCGGAAGAAGACCUUCAGGGAUGCCCAGGCUCCUGGCCCUAACAGGGAUUCACAGCCUGAUGCAGAGGCCCCACCCCACCCCACCCCAGAACAAGUCUGA